AUAUCCGAGCAGGAAUGUGUUUCAUCUUUCAUAUGUGAAAGUAUCCUCAUUUGAUCAGUGUUAUUUCAGCACUUUCCACCUGCCUGGGAACUAAUUAUCAUGUGAUAGGCAAUUAAUGAGUGCUGGGAUUCAGUGCUGAUGUGUCUCAUAUCAACAGUGUCCGUCAGCAGGACAGAUGCAGGAUCUGCACAGUUUACAAGAUUCGGAAACUCUCUCAGCAAUGGAUCUCGACGUCCUUUACACCGAGAACAUCAGCGUUAACCACACCUCGCUCUUCAACGACAGCAGGAACAUCACGCUCUUACCGUACUACCAGCACUCGCUCGUGGUGGCCACCGUCUUCAUCCUGGCCUAUGUGCUCAUCUUCUCACUGUGCAUGGUGGGAAACAUCCUGGUGUGCUUCAUCGUGCUGAAAAACAGGCAGAUGAGAACCGUCACCAACAUCUUCAUACUCAACCUGGCCAUCAGCGACCUGUUAGUGGGCAUCUUAUGCCUUCCCAUCACGCUGGUGGACAAUCUGAUCACAGGUUGGCCGUUUGAUGUAGUGAUCUGUAAAAUGAGUGGACUCGUCCAGGGAGCUUCAGUCUCCGCGUCGGUCUUCACAUUGGUGGCGAUUGCAGUGGAAAGGUUUCGGUGCAUCGUGUAUCCGUUCCAGAGGAAGCUGACGCAGCGUCAGGCCAUCGUCACCAUCGCCUUCAUCUGGGCGCUGGCCAUCGCCAUCAUGUGCCCCUCGGCCAUCACGCUGACCGUCUCCCGGGACGUCCUGCACUUCAUGGUGGACCGGGACAACAUCACGUACCCCCUGUACACCUGCUGGGAGGCCUGGCCCGACCGGAGCAUGAGGAAGAUCUACACCACCGUCCUGUUCUCGCACAUCUACCUGGCUCCGGUCACGCUCAUCGUCAUCAUGUACACGCGCAUCGCCGUCAAGCUGGUCAAAUCGCCCGCCUCCAUCCGAGACGCGCACGCGGAGGACGAGAGCCGCAGGGUUUUCCGCAGGAAGCUGCGGGUGGUCAACAUGCUGCUGAUGGUGGCCUUGCUGUUCACCGUGUCCUGGCUGCCUCUCUGGAUCCUCAUGAUGCUGACGGACUACGGGAAUCUGUCCAACGCUCAGCUGGACCUGGUGGCCGUCUACAUCUUCCCGUUCGCCCACUGGCUGGCCUUCUUCAACAGCAGCGUGAACCCCAUCGUCUACGGCUACUUCAACGAGAACUUCCGCCGUGGAUUUCAGGCGGCGUUUCAGUUCGGCAUGUGUGUGGUGGAGCCGCCGCAGCCCCGACGCAACGGCACCUGGAAACACAACCGCGUGUUUGCGGACGGAGAUGGAACGAACGCUCAGGGUCACGACAGGAGAGAUUUCUGCACCGGACAGCAGCAGGAUGAGCUGGUGCUGGAGGAUCUGGACUGAAGGAGCGUUUCAAACACUCUACGGCACAUGCCGGCAACACACCAAAUGCAAAAAAAAAAAAAAAAAAAAAAAAAAAGGCAAGGCUGCACGAAAAAAUGGAAUUGCAAAUUUUCUGAUAAAAAAGUCAAUGUUUUAAAAAGCUCCAGGUUUGUUAUGCUUGUUUAUAGUGCUGCAAAGUUUGGUCAAAUUUUUUG